AUGUUGUCGGUCCUGUUAGCCUACGAGCUCAGCUCAGACGGUGGCGCCGUGGUGGAAGCAGCGAAGGAGAAGCGCGCGAAAGCCAAAGCCAAGGGCCGACCGAGUCCGGGUACGACUACCUUGGCAUCGCAAGAGGUUUUGUCGAUGCUUUCUCGCAUUGCGGACUUCGACAAGCUGCAGCGAGCAGCAUACGAUGCGGGCUACAACGCCAUCUCGGUGCCUCUGAGCAGAGUCAGCAAGGACAUGGUCCGAGAAGGCUUCACUUGGCUUAAAGCGAUUGAUGGCGAAAUGGUGAAGAAGGUGCCCAAGCCAGAGACCCUGGAGGCGCUGAGCCGCUCCUUCUACGAGGUCGUCCCUUUGCUGGAUUCUGAGGGGAAGGAGGCCAUCACCACCAGGGACAGCUUCCAGCGGCGGUUGAAGGCUGUCUCGAUGCUCUCGGACAUCGAGGCAGCACACUCGCAGUGGCGAGUGCUACUGGCGGAUGACCCGGCAUCACAAGGUAGCAAGCUCUCUGAAGAAGUCCUUCAGCAGCUCUACAAGAGCCUGAAGUGCGACUUGCGUGCAGAGAGCCCAGGUGCACCUGCCUGGCAGCUAGUGGAGAAGUACUUGGCUAGCAGCUUCACCACCUCGGCACCGCCCCGGAUAAGAACCAUCUUCGGCAUCGAGAAGCCGCAGGAGGUGGCCAGAUACCAACGGUUUGCGAGCGCUUCGAAUCGGAUGCUGUUAUGGCAGGGGGCGCCGUUGACGAGCUGGCUAAGCCUCCUUGCCGGGGGGCCGCGGCUGCCGCCCAAAGAGGCGCCCGAGUCCGGCUACGCCUUCGGCAAAGGCCUCUACUUCUUCAACGCUGCACGACCUGCCUUGCCAAAGGGUACACCCGCCCUGCUCCUGCUGGCCGAGGUUGCCUUGGGCAGCAGCAGACAGCUCAAUGAGCCGACGAAGGGGGUAGAGAAGCUCCCACAGGGCUUCCAGUCGCUUCAUGCCAUUGGGGCCUUCCGUCCUUCGCUGUCGCUGGAGCACAGGUUUGCGGACGGUACCGCCGUCACCGUCCCGUCCGGCUCUUUGCGUGAGGUGCCUGGGGCCUCAUGGGGCCAGUACGACGAGUAUGUGGUCUUUAACACUGCGCAGGUGCGCAUGAGAUAUCUUGUCGAGGUCGAAGAAGGCCCACCAGAGCCAUGA